UCCUGCCAUCACAUGAUUUACAAUCAUGGCGGCGUUGAUAAACCCUGUGCCAGGUAGCAGCGAAGACAGAUUUAAUUCUUCGCGAAAGCCGGUGCUAAUUUCGAAAUUAGAGGGUUGCAAUGACGAGGUCAACGCGGCUACCAUCAUCCCUGGCGAGGACGGCAUCAUCAGCGUCUCGGACGACAGGACGCUCCGAGUUUGGCUGAAGAGAGACAGUGGACAAUAUUGGCCGAGCAUUUGCCAUUACAUGCCUUCAGCAGCCAGCUCCCUUUUCUACUGCCCGGAGACUCGGCAGCUCUUUGUCGGAAUGGACAGCGGAGCUAUUUAUGAAUUCACUAUAACGCCAGACUACAACCAUUUAGAGCCAGGAAAGCAAUACGCCACAGCACACGCCGGUCGAGUCACUGCAAUUCUCUUCUCUCUGAGCUGCGAGUGGCUGCUCAGCGCUGGCAGAGACAAGGCUUUCAAAAUGCACUGCUCAGAGACUGGAAGACCUCUCGGGGGUCACUUGGGACCAGCUUGGUUUACCUGUUUGCAAUUUGAUUCGCAAGCUAAGUAUGCCUUUGUCGGCGACUUUUCUGGAGAAAUCGCAAUGCUAAAGUUGGGUGGCGUCAGUGGAGACGGGUCUGGGACCAGUUCGGGUGGCGUUUCGCACGUCACUACCCUGAGAGGACAUUCGGGCAGCAUCAGGUCCCUUGCUUGGUGUGCUGAGAAGAAGUUGCUGUUCAGUGGCUCCUUCGACCAGAGUGUGAUUGUUUGGGACAUUGGUGGACAGCAAGGAACUGCUUAUGAGCUCCAGGGCCACAAAAAUAAGGUGACUGCUCUUGCUUUUGCCGCUGCCAGUCAACAACUUUUCUCCGGUGGAGAAGAUUCACAAAUUGUUUGCUGGGACAUGACGGUCAAGAGGAAAGAGACUCCUGAUUGGUUCGAGUCAGACACAUGCCAGCGUUGUGGCCGACCCUUCUUCUGGAAUGUGCGCGCCAUGAUGGACCAGAAGCAGCUGGGUCUGCGCCAGCACCACUGCAGGUUGUGUGGCAGGGCUGUAUGCGACAAGUGUUCGUCCUCUCGAACGACGAUGCCUGAACUGGGCCACGAAUUUCCAGUUAGAGUGUGCGAGCCGUGCUACAACACAGUCCGAGACAUUCCACAACACCCAUUGGCCUCCUUCCACGAUGCAAAACAGGCCGUCGUUUGCAUGGACAUUGACGAGGCCAGAGACCGGCUCCUCACUGUUGGCCAGGACAGGGUCAUUAAAAUCUGGGACAUUUCAGCACUGCUCGCAUGUCCUGUGUCAAAACACAACCCACCAGCGACCACAUAGACAAUGAAAAGUGAAAAAUUAUCAACUUGUAAGGAUUUAAAAGGGCAGCUCGUGUAUACAUUGAAUGCCUAUUUUAUUUUGAUCAUUAAUAUUUAUGUUGAAACAGACAAUAGAUAGUGUUUGUUAUGAGAAUAACUUUCAUAGUUUCAGAUAAUUCAGUCAUCCCAUGUAUAUUUUCGAUACUCUAAUUGGAACCUUUGCUGAUAUUCUACCUUUCAGUUUUAUUGUUAGUAGAAUUCCAGUUUUUACACAAAGCACAUUUCCUCCUCGGCUGUUAAUCCCAGACGGCUAAAUUGUAAUUACAAAAAUUUAUCUUUUUCCAUAUCAAAAUUUAAAAGAACUAUAAUUAUUAUGCAAAUUAUAUUAUAGUCCGCAAUGUAAAGUGUGAAAAAGUCCAGAAAUAUUGCUGAUUUUUUAUUGAGACUGCGCUUGUAUAAAUGGCGAUUAUUUGUUAUAUUUAAGAUGAAUUUGAAUGAGUAAUUUCACAACAACAUACAUUGAUUGAUCUUCCUUUAUUAUUGCUGUAUAUUAUAUUGAUAAAUAAAUAUUCCAUCAAGUUAAUUAUUCAGGUAAAAAUAGCAUGUUGUAAA